AAUUUUUAUUGAAACGUUACAUAGUAACUUAUUAUUAAAUUAAAUAAAUUAUUAUUAUUUCACAAAAAAUGUUGUUUGUAUAAAUAAUGUCAAACUAGCUGAGUGUUAAAACAAUAUCUCCAUAAAAAAAAUAUGAAAACUAAUAUUGUUAAAUAUACACUAGAUUAAUAUUUUUAUAUUUUUUUCAACGUGAUUUAAAAUGAUUGAACCUGAGUUAUUUAAAUUUAAUCCACAAUUAGCUAAGCACUCUUAUCUGAAAAAACAAUGGGAUAAACAUUUGAACAGUUUGGACAAAAGUGAAUUAAUUCAUUCUAUUACUGUUGUGCUUCCUGAUAUUUCUUUUCUUCCUGAUGAUGUUGAAAAUAUAUUUUCUGAAAAUAGCCAGUACUACCAUGUACAAAAUGUUACUUUAGGAACAAUUAUUGAUUCGGUGUUCAUUCAAUCAUUUGUGAAAAAUGGUAAUAUUCAAGCUGUUUCAUUAAAUACUCGAAUCGGUGUAGAUGACUGUAUGUCUAUUUCAAAAAAUAAUUUACUACAAAUGUUUUUGUUAAAAAAUUCCUAUCAAAAUAUCUGUUUACCAGUUCAUGGAUCAAGAAUAACACUCAAUCUUAUAGAGUUGGAUGUGAAUAGUAAAAAAUACCAUCGUAUUAAGGAUUGUUUCAAAUGCUGUGAUAUUAAGUUUAAUAUCUUGAUUGAUUGGGAACCUUUCAAUGAUGAAAUUUGUCCUUCCUCAAUAGCAUCAUACUUUAAUGAAAAGGGAUUGAUUGUAAAUGAAUGUUUUCCAAGGUCAAAAGUAGUAAGGAGAUAUAAUACAACUAUUCCUUAUAGUACUGAUGUCACUCUUCUGGAUACCUGGUUAUCAUACUUUAGUUUAGAUAUAAAAAUCGACAACAAGUCCAUGUGUUUAUUACCAGAUGGUAAACUAACAAAAUCAAAUUCUCGAAAUGUUUCUCAAAUUAUUCAAAUUAAUUGGUCAGGAUUUUUUACCAAAAGCAAAAUAAAGAUUUUUAUAGAAAUAUUAAAAAAAUUUAUGGAAAAUAGUGGAAAUACUUUAUGGUUUUCUAUGCAUUUAGAACCUUACUCCAAUGUUCCAUAUAAUUGCAAUCAUCAAACUAUUGUACUUAAUUCUGAUAAAACAUUAUUUUAUUCUGACUGUAUUUGUGCUAAAAAUCACUAAAGUGUAUAUAAACUAGUUACUUAUCUAAAUAAUUUAGAUAAUUAUUAUGUUCAUUAUUUACUUAUUCAUUUAUCAAACAUAGUUAAUUCUUAUAAAUUAGUUUUUUUUUUUUUAAUAUCAAUCUAAAAUAAACGUUAUAAGUUUCUUAAUA